AUGUCGUUUUUUUUAGGAAAUACUUCCCAGUACUCCAACUCGAUUGUCGAUGAGACCAAGAUCCAAUUGGCCAAAAUUCAACAUGAGGCCAUGUCUUUGACUUUCAAUUCCAUGCUCGAUACCUGUAAAGAAAAAUGCAUUGCCCACGAAUACGGAGAGUCCGAUUUGAACACCGGAGAAAUGUGUUGCGUUGAUCGCUGUGUAGCGAAAUAUGUCAAAGCCAAUUUGGAGGUUGGCACCGCACUUCAAAGUAAAGGGUUUACGCCGGAAGGCAUCGUUGCCACAGUAUAA